GGGAGGUAGAGAGAGCGGAAUGAGAAAAGAACACGUUAAUCUGUUAUGAGCUAAUUUUUUGCGUUCGUUCUUAGCUGUGCUGAGCAUCCUUCCCUGCACAAGUGUGCUCGCACACCGGCAGGUCCUGAAUGCUCAGACCCACACGCGCGCACCACACACUGGGGCUAUCGGAGCACGGCUGGAACCGUGCCAUCUUGCGAGGGAGAGCAUCUCGACCUGGGGAGGAGAGAAAGAGGGAGAGAACAAGGGAAGGAGGACUGAGGACAGCAGGGAGCGAAUAGAGAGGGCGGACAGCGCAAGAGCAGCACCACCGUCGUGUGAGCAGAGCAGAAGGGAGAGACCAGUGGGGAGUGGAAGGCACAGGAAGCACUGUUGCACGCACCACCAGCGGUCUGUGUUGCACAAUGGGAAAUGCACCAUCCCAAGGCAUGUCAACCGUAUCUCCAUGCAUUCUUUUGUAGCAGCUAACACUGGCGCCUGUUUUCCAAAGCAAGACCCGGAACGUGGCGGAGGUCACAUGAUCUCCACGGAUGACGCCGAGUACCCACGGGAGUACCGCACGCUGGGUAACGGCACGCGGCGCUUCUCCAACGUGGGCCUGGUGCACACCUCAGAGCACCGACACACGGUGAUCGCAGCGCAGAGCCUAGAAGCGCUCAGCAGCCUGCAGAAGGCCGAAAUAGAGCGCAAACGUGAUGCCUUCAUGGACCACCUCAAGAAUAAAUACCCGCCCCAGCACCCGCCGUCUCCUUCGCCAUCCCAUGGCAGCAUGAGGGGGACCCCGGAGCGUGUCCGUGAACAGCAGCAGCCAAACUACUGGAGCUUUAAGACCCGUAGCCCACGCCACUCCCAGUCCACCCAGUCUGGUCUGGCCGACCAGGCCUCCAAGUUGUCCUUUGCCUCAGCCGAGUCACUGGAGACCAUGUCGGAGGCUGACAUCCCCCUGGGCUUCAACCGUAUGAACCGCUUCCGGCAGAGCCUGCCACUGUCACGCUCCGCCAGCCAAAGCAAGCUGCGUUCUCCAGGUGUCCUCUUCCUGCAGUUUGGAGACGAGACACGGCGCGUGCACAUCACGCAUGAGCUGACCAGCCUGGACACUCUGCAUGCGCUCAUCACACACAUGUUCCCCCAGAAGCUGACCCUGGGCAUGCUCAAGUCACCCAACACGGCCAUCCUCAUCAAGGAUGAGGCACGCAAUGUCUUUUAUGAGCUAGAGGAUGUACGUGACAUCCAGGACCGCAGCGUGAUCAAGAUUUACCGCAAGGAGCCCAUCUACGCCUCCUACCCAACUGCCCACCUGGCCAAUGGAGACCUCAGGAGGGACAUGGUGUACACAUCUCGGGAGUCCUCACCCACCCGCAGGCUCAACAGCCUGCCCUCCUCGGCUUCACCCCCAUCAGGCUCGCCUUCGCGCUCUCGCCUCUCCUACAGCGGCGGUCGGCCGCCCUCCUUUGCUGGCCCCGGCCACCCGCAGCUGCAGCCCCCGCCACAGCACCCCCACCACCCUGGUGUGGGCCACCCGGCUGGCCCUGGGCUCUCGCCCUCUCCCAGCGCCAUCCUGGAACGGCGUGACGUUAAGCCCGAUGAGGAGGUGUCAGGCAAGAGCGUGGUGCUGUUGAAGAACGAAGGACUGUACGCUGACCCUUACAGCCUGGUGCAUGAGGGGCGCCUCAGCAUUGCCUCUACACAGUCGCUGGCCACUAUCGGGGAUCCAUUUGCGUUUCCUGUGUCUGGGGGACUGUACCGGCGCGGCUCCGUGCGCUCUCUCAGCACCUACUCUGCCGCUGCCCUACAGGGGGAGCUAGAGGAGGCUCUCUACAAGCCUGGGGGCCCAUUGUAUGCUGACUCCUAUGCCACUGCUUCCUCGCUCGGCAUGGGCUUUCGUAUGGGUCCCUCUUCCCCGCAGAAGAUCCCCGACAUGCAGCUGCGUGGCGAACGGGACUCGUACUCGGGGCCACCUAGCCGCGCCUCCCCUGUGCGCCAGACCUUCCGCAAAGACUCCGCCUCGUCCUCGGUCUUUGUGGAGAGCCCGAAGUCGCGACCCAGCUCUAGCUCGGACCCGCUGUGUGGGCCGGGGGUCCCAGGAGGAGACAUGGUCAGGGGCACCGGUGGAUAUAACUCCCCUCUGGCUGGGAAUGAGACGGAAACACGGGAGCGGAUGGAGGCUAUGGAGAAGCAGAUCGCCAGUCUCACAGGCCUGGUACAGAGCGUGCUGACCAGAGCCCCAGACAGCGACAGCACAUGCAGCCUGCUGCGGCUCUGCAUGAUGGCGGGCUGCCCCUCAGAGCCAGGACUGGGAAUCUCACCGCCCUGCCCUUUCUCUUCCAGCGAGAAGACCGAGUCCACCAGCGACGGCUCGGCCACAGGAACCCUGACACCAUCUGCCCCUCUGGCUCUGAUGCCCCCUCCGCCCACGGGGGCCACGCAGGCCACCACAGUCACACGGCUACAGAUGCAACUGCACCUGCACGACCUGAAGCAAAAUGCCACAGACCUGCGCGACCAGCUGUCCCAGCUGCGCAAGAUGCAGCUUCAGAACCAAGACUUGGUGCGUUCGCUGCUGAAGCGCACAGAGACGGAGAUCAGUUCGCGGGUAACAGACGCCCUGCGGAAGCAGGAGGACCCACUCCAGAGACAGCGCCUCCUGGUGGAGGAGGAGAGACUUAAAUACCUCAAUGAGGAGGAGCUCAUCAUCCAGCAGCUUCAUGACUUGGAGAAGUCAGUGGAGGAGAUUCAGAAGAACUCCUCAGUGAACCACAGGCUGGUCACCGUGCAGGAGCUGGAGGACAAGGCCACAGUUCUACGAAAGCUGGGAGAGACUCUCAUGGAGCUCAAGAGCCAGUUCCCCAGUUUACAGAGCAAGAUGCGUGUGGUGCUGAGGGUGGAAGUGGAGGCCGUCAAAUUCCUCAAGGAGGAACCACACCGACUGGACGCCCUCCUGAAGCGAUGUAAAUCGGUCACAGACACGCUGGCCACACUGCGCAGGCAGGUGAACGAGGGCAUGUGGAAAGGACAGGAGGACUCAUCCAAGCACAUGGACGACAUUGGCAAGAGUGCAGACCUUGACAUCCCAACCAGCCCGCCCCUCAACCUCAACGAUCUGGGGGGCAGCACUAGCCUAUCUAACUGGACGCCCCUCUCGGGGUCUGGCUCCAACAACCCCUCUGGGGCUACCCGUGACCCACACCCCCCUGUACCCCUCAAGAGCCGGGCCCUGGAAGAGCUGUCGGGUCGCCGGGGCGGGGACAAAUCGGUGUCUGCGGAGGUCAGACUGGCCGCGGAACGAGACUGGGAAGAAAAGCGGGCCAGUCUGACCCAGUACAGCGCCCAAGAUAUCAACCGGCUCCUGGAGGAGACCCAGGCCGAGCUCAUGAAGGCCAUCCCAGACCUGGACUUUGCCGCAAAGCAGAUCGACAAGCCGUCCACACCACCCGGCUCCCAAAGCGGUACCCCUACCCCUGAGCACCGGAGCAGCAAGCCCCAGCACACGGCCCACAAGCUGUCGGGAAAGGAGACAAGCUCAAGGCGCGGAUCUGAUGAACUGACCGUGGCCCGGUAUCGCACUGAGAAGCCUUCCAAGUCACCCCCGCCCCCUCCCCCUCGUCGCAGCUUCCCCUCAUCCCAAGGCAAUCCUCCAUGCCUUAGUGGAGAAGCAGUCAGCAACAGCAAAGGCAUGAAGAAGUCAGAGUCUGAGGAAGUGGAAGUGCAGAAGCCCCACGUGAAGCUCCGUCGCACAGUUUCGGAGGCCCCACGACCUGCGUCCACUCCUCCCGCCAUCUCUUCGGGGUCCAAGGAUGAGGAUGAGGAGAAGGUGGUCGGUGAGCCAGAGGAGCAGACAGGUGUGGUGUCCAUCCACACACACAUCCUCAGGACUGGGCUGUCUGCAUGGCUUCCAGCAUCAUCCUCACAGGCAGUCAUCUCAGUUGCUCCGCAGGGUGGGCACUUUGCUGAAAUUGAUGGGGGCACUGACUCACCCCAACAAUGCGGGGUGGAUUCAGCCAUCCAGGCCUCUCAAGAGCAGAUCCUCACAUGGAGAAUGGAACAGAAUCCUUGUCCCUCUGAGAAGGUCUCUGAGCCUAUGGUGCAGCAGUUCCCAGAAGAUUUUAAUAAGGACAAGCUGGCCCUGGUCAUCACAGACAGCGAACUGAGGGUUUUGACCAGCUCUGUGUACCAGGAGCUCAACAUCCAAAGCAAGGAGCCAGUGCAGAUACUGACUGUCGAUGUCAAGAUGGCAGGGGGAAGCUGUGAGAUCCAUGACCCCAGGAAAAGCUUGAAUGGACCUAUUGUGAGCAACGCACCGCUGGUCCUGCUGUUCAAGGAGCCCCUCUUGGUCAAGGAGGCUUACGUACAACUGGAGGCACUGCUAGAGGAGGAGGUGGCACAGGGAGCUCAGGAGGUCGAUGACAUACAGAGCUCAGUGAGACAACUAGUAUCUGAAAACAUGGAAGUAAGGCCACAAAGCAGUGCCAACACCAGCCGAAGCUCAGAGCCUAGGAUCAGACUGCCUGCAAGGCAGCUUAGGGCUCUGAGGAAUGCAGUGAGACAGGGACUGCAGACAGGAUCCAGAACUCUUUCUUGGUUCUCCAGUGUGGAGAUGAAUACUGGAGAGCCCUUUAAAAAGAUAGAUGACAGAAAUGGUGGUUUGGCCCCUCUGGGACAGAUCGGGCCUGGCUCGAUCCAAGACACGGAGGCUGAAGACAUUCGGAGUAGCACUUACAGAAGGCUUAACAGCCUGGAGGAGACCAUCCGCCAGCUGGAGAGCACCCUGGAAGAGAUUGGAGCCCAUCCUGCCUGUACCUUCCUGAGGCAAGCAGGUCAUGUGUCUGAUACUGGAGCCAUACCAUUCAAGACCACGAAUACAUUAGAAACAACAAGUCCUCUGGAGAAGAAGAGGCCUCCCAUCCCACCCAAGCCCUCGACUGUCCCACCUGCUACAGCCAAGGGCAGCAGUGGUGGCAACAGCGGCUCCGGGAAGGGUCUCCACUCAUCUGCAGCCUACCGCUUGAAACACCUGCAGCAAAGCAACCCAGAGAAGAGCAAGACAGCCAAGCUUCGUGAGGAAUUCCUUAAAAGUCAAGGACAACAACAGUGAAUGGCCCCACCCCUAUCUAGCCUCCUCCCACAGCACCAACUCCUCCCAGCGUCACCUGACUUCAGGACAGCCUCCUGCCUUCUCCAUCGAGUCCUCAGCUCUGUCCUUGCUACCCCCAAGCAGCCCACCUGCCCAGGUGCCCACUGUACUGCUGCUAGUCUGUGUGUUGGGAGCUUGGGGGGGCUCUGGGGAAAGUCCACAGGACGAGUCCCUAAAGUUCCAUGUGGCCCUUCAACAAAACGACUGCACCUUCUUUCUUGUUUCUCUUCCUUCUCUGAAAUGUCCACCCCUCUCUUCCCCCUUGUUCUUCCUCCUC